GUGCCACGUGGCUACAGGCGCAAACGUCGCCGAAGGAACUCGUCCAUCUCAAGUCAUGACUUCACGGAUAUUGAGAGAGGAGGAGUGCACCGUGAUCACCGACGUCACGAGCGCUACGAGUCGGAGGACACUGAGCGCUACGAUCUGGAGCAAACCGAGCACAGCCUUCACCCACCUGAAGUCAGCCGCACCAUGUCCCCGGCUGCAGAACGCCUGAGGUAUAUUUUAGGAGAUGAAGAAGAUGCCAUGCCCACGCCCACCCUCUUCACCGAGAUGGAUACACUCCAACACGAGGGAGACGAGCUCGAGUGGAAGGAGUCAGCCAGGUGGGUGAAGUUUGAGGAGAAAGUUGAAGAGGGUGGUGAGCGCUGGAGCAAACCGCACGUCUCCACAUUGUCCCUGCACAGCCUGUUCGAGCUUCGUACAUGUCUGCAAACCGGCGUUGUGCUGCUGGACUUGGACGGCUACUCGCUUCCACAGAUCGUUGACGACAUCAUCGAGCACCACAUCGAGGAGGGCAUGGUCAGUCCAGAGCUGAGGGACAAGAUCAGCUUUGUGCUGUUGAGGAAACACAGACACCAGACCAAGAAACCCAUCCACCGCUCGCUGGCCGACAUUGGCAAAGGCAGCUCCGCCCCCAGUCGUAGUCCAGCCCGUAGUCCAGCAGCUGCUACCAGCUUCAAUUGUUCCACAGAUGAUCUGCGCAGUAGACACGGAGGCAGCUACGGGCGUCUUCGUCACGCCCAGAGCAGAAGUAUGAAUGACAUUGCGGAUACACCAAGCACUGAUCAGCUAAAGAACAAGUUCAUGAAGAAGAUCCCCAGGGAUGCAGAGGCCUCCAAUGUGCUUGUUGGUGAGGUGGACUUCCUUGACAAACCCUUUGUGGCCUUUGUACGACUCGCACAAGCCACAACACUAGGAGGCCUAACUGAGGUUCCAGUGCCUACCAGGUUUUUGUUUGUGCUUCUGGGCCCCCCUGGCAAAGCCAAGUCCUACAAUGAAAUUGGCCGAGCUAUUGCUACACUUAUGGUGGAUGAUCUCUUUAGUGAUGUGGCAUAUAAGGCCCGGGACCGAGAGGACCUGAUUGCAGGCAUUGAUGAAUUCCUGGAUGAGGUGACUGUGCUUCCACCUGGCGAGUGGGAUCCCAAAAUUCGCAUCGAGCCACCAAAAAAAUUGCCCUCUGCUGACAAGAGGAAAUCGGUGUUCUCUCUGAACGAGCUGGGCCAGAUGAAUGGCACUGCGGGAGCCGGGGGCGGUACUGCAGAGGAUGAGGAGAUGCCUGUGCCGCAUGUGCUCGGUGAAGAGCUGGCAUACACGGGGAGGUUUUGCGGAGGUCUGUUCCUGGAUAUCAAGAGGAAAAUACCCUGGUAUUUCAGCGACUUUUAUGAGGGUUUUCAUAUCCAGUCAGUUUCAGCCGUGCUGUUUAUAUACCUGGGCUGCAUAACCAAUGCGAUUACCUUUGGUGGCCUGCUGGGAGACGCAACAGACAAUUACCAGGGAGUAAUGGAGAGUUUCCUGGGCACAGCCUUGGCUGGCACAGUCUUCUGCCUUUUUGGCGGUCAGCCCCUCAUUAUCCUCAGCUCCACCGGACCCAUCCUCAUCUUCGAGAAGCUACUCUAUGAAUUCAGCAAGAGCAGCAGUAUGGACUACAUGGAGCUGAGGCUGUGGAUCGGCAUGCACUCGUGCAUUCAGUGCUUCUUUCUGGUGGCUACCGACGCCAGCUACAUCAUCAAAUACAUGACACGCUUCACCGAGGAGGGCUUCUCCAGCCUCAUUUCCUUCAUCUUCAUCUCAGACGCCAUCAAGAAGAUGGCUGGGACAUUCAGCUACUAUCCCAUCAACACCGACUUCCAGCCCGACUUCAUCACGGCAUACAAGUGUGAAUGCAUCGCGCCAGACACGAUGGCUUCAAUGCUCUUUGGUGUUGUAGUUCCUGUGCUCGAUAACACGUCUGCUCUCUUUGGUAUGAAUACAACAGCUCUGGAUUGGAGUCAACUCAGCAAGAAAGAGUGUCUGAAAUACGGAGGUCAGCUGGUGGGAAGCUCCUGCAAGUUCGUUCCAGAUUUGGCGCUCAUGUCCUUCAUCUUGUUCUUCGGCACCUACUCCAUGACUGUCUCGCUGAAGAAGUUCAAGUUUAGCCGCUACUUUCCUACCAAGAUGAGGAAGCUCAUCAGCGACUUUUCCAUCUUCAUGUCCAUCAUGACGUUCGUGGGUUUGGACAUGCUCAUGGGGCUGAAGACUCCUAAACUGAUUGUGCCUACUGAGUUCAAGCCCACGCGUCCAGACCGGGACUGGAUCGUCAUGCCCUUUGGGAAGAACCCAUGGUGGGUUUAUCUGGCAAGCUUCGUGCCUGCUCUCCUCGUCACCAUCCUUAUAUUCAUGGACCAGCAGAUCAGCGCCGUCAUCGUCAAUAGGAAGGAGAACAAACUGAAGAAAGGGUGUGGCUACCAUUUGGACCUGUUCUGGGUGGGUAUCCUGAUGGCCGCCUGCUCGUUUAUGGGCCUGCCAUGGUAUGUCGCCGCUACAGUCAUCUCUAUCGCUCACAUCGACUCACUCAAAAUGGAGAGCGAGUCCAGUGCACCAGGAGAACAGCCGCAGUUUCUGGGCGUGAGGGAACAGCGACUGACGGGAAUCCUCGUCUUCGUCCUUACCGGAGUCUCCAUCUUCCUCGCCCCGAUUCUGCAGUUCAUCCCCAUGCCUGUGCUCUAUGGUGUGUUUCUCUACAUGGGUGUGGCUUCUCUUGGGGGCAUCCAGUUCUGGGAUAGGAUCAAACUGUUCCUGAUGCCAGCGAAGCACCAGCCAGACUACACCUACCUGCGUCAUGUUCCCCUCAGGAGAGUUCAUCUGUUCACGCUGCUGCAGGUCAUCUGCCUCGCCGUCCUAUGGAUCCUCAAAUCCACUUUCCUCGCCAUCAUCUUCCCAAUCAUGAUCCUGGGCCUGAUGCUGGUGCGCAGGCUGCUCGACAUGGUGUUCUCUCAGCACGACCUGGCCUGGCUCGACGAUCUCCUGCCCGGGAAGGAGGACAAGAAGGAGAAGAAGAAGGACGGAGGGAAGAAGGAAAAGAAGAAGGUCAGGGGAGGAGAGGAGAGUGAGGAUGAGGAGAAGUUCCACCCGUACUCCGACUGCGCGCCGGCAGAUUUGGACGUGGACCGCAGAGUUGGUGCCACACCGCUGACCCUUGACCUUUUGCCAUUACCUCAUCCUCCCUCUCAUAACGGGACCUUGCCACUGCGCAGCAUCACCCUGCACUUGAAGAUCUCGUGCCCGCCGUCGCCCGCGAUGCCCAUCUCCGGAGGCGUGUCGUGUCCGGUGCCACAGGUGAAGAUCGAGAUGGAGUCCGAGUAUGACGACACGGACACGGAGCCCAGAUACAAGAAGCUGGACAUGAGCAGCGAGACCACCCUCUAAAUCUCGACAGUGGACAAAAUUUGUGUCCAGUGUGUUUACAGGUUUGCUAGAACUUUUCAUCAACUGCGUCUUUUCAGUGCAAAUUCUACAACACUGACCUUUUUUUUUUUUAGAAUCUAAGUGGACGUCGUCUUAAGCUGGGCAUACACUGUGCGAUAUUUGGCCCGAUUUUGACACGAUUUUCACUCGUGCGACUAUUUUGGAGAUCGGGCUGAGUUUUGGCUCAAUCGUGCGUCUCGGAUCGUGUAGUAUACAUGGGGUAACGACAAGCGAUUAACACCUCACGACCUCCUCCCGAUCGAUCGGAUGAAACUCAAACCGGUUUGAAAUCCUGAGCAUCGCUUCCGAGCAUCGGAUCGUAUAGUGUGAGAACAGGAAUCGUAAGCUGCGUGCUGUUUACCCCUGCGAUUCACUCGUACAGUGUGAGCAGCAGCUGAAUACCGCGAUUGAAAAAAAUCACACAGUGUAUACCCAGCUUUAACCGCACAGUGGCGGGGAAAACCAGAUUUCAAAUCAGAGUAUAUUUUAGAUAAAUGCAUUCAUAUUUGUGUGUGUAACUGAUAUUGUGGUAACGUUUGCAUGUUCGUGUUGUCGAUAAAGCUUGUUUUGUCAGUAAAACGGCAGAGGCUUGUGGGUAAAAAUACCAAGAGGCGUUCUUUUCUCAUUCUUGUGUAUUUCCAAGUCAUGGAAACCAACGACGCGUUUUCUUCAGUCCUUUUUUUUCCUGCCUCAAAUGUUUUAUGCUUGUUAAAAUGAAUGAACUGAGGGAAAAGA